AUGGCGCCCAAGGACAAGAAGAUCUUGUUCGACGACAGCGAGGAUGAAUCCGAAGGUGGCGCCCAGAUCAAGAUCAACGACGAAUAUGCCAAGCGCUUCGAACACAACAAGAAGAGAGAAGAACGUCAUAGACUAGAGGAGAAAUUUGGCAAAGGCCAGGCUGGCGGGGACGAAGAUGACGAUGAUUCCUCUGACGAUGAAACCGAAGACGAGGACGGUUACCUAGCUACGGAAGAACUCGAUGCGCAACUCAACGCCACUCUCGAGGCUCUCCGCAAGAAGGACCCUCGUAUUUACGACCCGAAGACAACUUUCUACUCACCAAUUGAUGACAGCGCUACCGCGCCUCAGCCCAAAGAAAAAAAAGAUAAGCCAGUGACACUGCGCGACUACCAUCGCGAGAGGAUUCUAGCAGGAGACACCGGGGCAGAUGAAGAGGAAGGGACAUCGAACACGUAUGCCCAGGAACAGAGCAACCUGAAGAACUCGAUUCUUGGUGAAAUUCAGGCACAACUUAAUGGAGAAGAGAAGGAAGAAGAGGAGGAUGAGGACUUCUUGAAGCCCAAGUCUGGCGAAGCAGAGCGCAUCAAGUCGGAACUCGCAGAUGGAAUGCACCCUUCCCGAGCUGCCAAGGUCAAGGCUACCAAGGGCAAGGCCGCCAAACCCCUUACCGCGAAUGAUGUUGCCAACGCCGACAAGGAUCCCCAGCUCUACUUAUCUAACUUCAUGGCCGCCCGUGCCUGGAUUGAACCCGAGAACAACAACUGGCAAGCUUUCGACUCGGACGACGAGGACGAAGAAGACAAAGCUGAUGACUGGGAGGCUGCCUACAACCUACGCUUUGAGGAUCCAAGUAAGAGCAACGAAGUCCUCAAGUCCUAUGCCAGAGAUGUGGCUGCUGCCAAGUCUGUUCGCCGAGAGGAGAAGACUGGCAGAAAGAAGAAGCGUGAGGAAGAGCGCGAACAAAAGGAGGCCGAAAAGCAGGAGCGCCGAGAACAGCGAAAUCGUCUGCGCAACCUCAAGAUUGAGGAGGCUGAGAGCAAGCUCAAGCAGAUCAAGAAGGCUGCGGGUUUCGCUGGCAAGAAGGUCGACGAGGACGAAUGGAUGAAGCUGCUCGAUGGUGCUUGGGACAACGACAAGUGGGAGCAAGAGAUGGCCGAGAAAUUCGGUGACGAGUACUACGCCGAGGGCGAAGGUGGCUCUGAUGACGAGGAUCAGAAGAAGCACAAGGUCAAGAAACCUAAAUGGGACGAUGAUAUUGAUAUCAAAGAUCUCGUGCCUGAUUUCGAAGAUGACGAGCGUCCAGAUGUUGCUCUUUCCGACGUGGAGGAAGCCGAUGAGGCAGAUGAUGCCGAGGAAGAUGGGGAGGACGAGGAUGGCCCGGCCCGGAAACGCCAGAAGACAACCAAGGAUCGGAAGCGAGAAAAGCUCGCGAGUCAAAAGGAAGCACGGAAAGAGCGGUCCAAGAUCGAGGCUCUGGUUGAUGCCAAGAUGGAUAUUGAUGAUCCCCUCGUUGGAUCCAGCUCUUCCAAGUCUGAAGGUCCCAAGUUUGCUUACCGGGACACUUGGGCAGAGUCGUAUGGCUUGACAGCCAAGGACAUUCUCAUGGCCCCCUCAGAUGCGGCACUGAAUGAGUACGUGGGUCUGAAGAAGCUGGCACACUUCCGGCCAGCGGACAAGAAGGCCAAGGAUAAGAAGAGGUUAGGCAAGAAGGCACGUCUACGACAAUGGCGCAAGGAUACAUUUGGACCUGAUGCCGAAAGGGAAGGACCGGCAUUUGUGUUUGGAGGUGCUCAGGGCGGCGAUGAAGGAAAAUCUGCUCCUGACGAGGAGUCGAAUAUUAUUGACGGCAAGUCCAAGAAGCGCAAGAAGCGCUCUGGACGUGGCAAGGCCAGUGCAUAA